ACCCUAUCCAUGUGCAUACCAGAGACAAGAAAAAAACAACAGAUUCUUGUGAAAGUGAAAGACAUUUUAGGAUCAUUGGAUUCAGGUCUCCAUCCGAUGAGCAGAUGAGUUUUGACAACAUUUCUCGCACUCUGGUUUUGCUGUAAACUGGGGGGCGCGGGUACGCGCUCAAGGGGGACGGAGCGCGCAGCCCUGGGAUCAAGUUACAGUCCCAGUCCCAGACUUUUCAAGGCAACAUUUUUUUCCUCCAUCACAAAAGUGGGGGAUGGUGAACGCUAUUUGGUUUCUUCACAUUUUUAGAGUAGGGAAAAACGGAGCUGAGCUAAACUUUGCGCAGGAGCUUAAAAAGAAACAUUUGUUUACUACUUUUACUCACCGCAUUUGUAUGAUGACGAGAUUUUCAGUAGUAUGUGAGCGAGAAAAGAGGCAUAAAAAACUUUGGAAUCGGACGAAAAGACAUUUCUUUUAAUGGGGGAAAUGUCGAAUCAGGAAUAUAGCAAAUAUCCACACUUUGGCUUUGUUUGAAACCUUCAAGCGCAUCGCGCACGAGUGGAGAACGAGAGUUUAUUUGGAAACAUUUGAUGAAACAUCGCUACAUUGUUGCGUCUCCAAGAUGUCCUCCAAGCGCCUCUGCUCCAUUGUUGGAGGCUUUUGGAUGCUUUGGAUAUGGGCAGCCACCUCUAUGGUCGCUCGGGCGGUCAUCUUGCACCCAAAUGAAACGGUAUUCAACGACUUUUGUAAGAAAUCGACAACUUGCGAAGUGCUAAAAUACAAUACGUGCCUAGGUUCCCCUUUGCCGUACACACACACUUCUCUGAUUCUGGCUGAAGACUCAGAAACUCAGGAGGAAGCCUUGGAGAAACUGGCCAUGUGGUCUGGGUUGAGAAAUGCUCCUCGCUGUUGGGCCGUCAUUCAGCCAUUGCUGUGUGCUGUUUACAUGCCAAAGUGUGAGAAUGGAAAGGUCGAACUGCCCAGCCAACACCUGUGCCAAGCUACACGCAAACCUUGCAGUAUUGUGGAGCGGGAGCGGGGCUGGCCCAACUUUCUCAAGUGUGAAAACAAGGAGCAGUUCCCUAAGGGUUGCCAGAAUGAAGUCCAGAAGAUCAAAUUCAACACAUCAGGACAGUGUGAGGCUCCCCUUGUCAAAACUGACAUCCAGGCAAGUUGGUACAAGGACGUGGAAGGCUGUGGGAUCCAGUGCAACAAUCCCCUGUUCACGGAAGACGAGCACUCUGACAUGCAUAGCUACAUCGCCAUCUUCGGCUCCAUCACUCUCCUGUGUACCUUCUUCACACUGGCCACAUUUCUCGCAGACUGGAAGAAUUCCAACCGCUACCCCGCUGUGAUCCUCUUUUACGUCAACGCGUGUUUCUUUAUCGGAAGUAUUGGAUGGCUCGCUCAGUUCAUGGAUGGAGCCCGCAAGGAGAUUGUGUGCAAAAGCGACGACACUAUGCGGCUUGGAGAGCCAUCGUCCACCGAGACGCUGUCAUGUGUGAUUAUCUUUGUCAUUGUGUAUUACUCUCUUAUGUCUGGGGUCAUUUGGUUCGUUAUGCUGACUUAUGCCUGGCACACAUCAUUCAAAGCCCUGGGCACCACCCAUCAGCCUCUGUCUGGAAAAACUUCCUAUUUCCAUCUGGUCACAUGGUCUAUUCCUUUCAUAUUGACAGUUGCUAUACUGGCCAUUGCAGAGGUGGAUGGAGAUUCAGUUAGCGGCAUUUGCUUCGUCGGCUAUAAGAACUAUAGAUACCGUGCAGGGUUUGUUCUGGCUCCUAUCGGGGUGGUCCUUGUCGUUGGCGGCUAUUUCCUGAUACGAGGGGUUAUGACAUUGUUUUCCAUUAAGAGUAACCACCCGGGGCUACUCAGUGAAAAAGCUGCUAGUAAAAUCAAUGAAACCAUGCUGAGGCUUGGUAUAUUUGGAUUCUUAGCCUUUGGUUUUGUUUUCAUCACUUUCGGCUGCCAUUUCUACGACUUUUUCAACCAAGCUGAGUGGGAAAAAAGCUUCAGGGAAUAUGUACUAUGUGAGGCUAAUGUCACCAUAGCUCACCAGACCAACAAGCCAAUCCCAGAGUGUGCCAUCAAGAACAGGCCAAGUCUUCUGGUUGAGAAGAUCAACCUUUUCUCAAUGUUCGGCACAGGCAUUGCAAUGAGCACGUGGGUUUGGACGAAGGCAACAAUCCUUAUCUGGAAACGUACCUGGUUCAGAAUCAUUGGACGAAGCGAUGAUGAGCCGAAACGCAUUAAGAAGAGUAAAAUGAUUGCCAAGGCAUUCUCAAAGCGAAAAGAACUGCAGAAGGAUCCGGAGAAAGAGCUGUCCUUCAGCAUGCACACCGUUUCUCAUGAGGGACCUGUGGCGGGUAUCAACUUUGACCUGAAUGAACCAUCAAUGGAAAUGUCUUCUGCAUGGGCCCAACAUGUGACCAAGAUGGUGGCUAGAAGAGGGGCAAUUUUACCGCAGGAUAUCUCAGUGACACCCACCGGAACGCCUGUUCCCCCUCCAGAGGAAAGGAACAAACUUUGGAUGGUUGAAGCAGAAAUUUCUCCUGAAAUGAUGAAAAGAAAGAAGAAGAAGAAAAAAAGGAGAAAGGAAAUACGGCCAAUGGGUCCUGCAGCAGAUGAAGGGAAUCCUGCCUUCCACCGGAGGGAGUUUGGCUCCAGUGCAGUGCCGCGCCUCCCAAAACUUCCCGGUCAUCGGAGUCUGGUGGCAAACCUGUGGGAGCAACAGCGACAGCAGCAGGAGGAACAGGAUAUGCUACCUGGAGCCUUCCCAGAAUUCAGGCCUUCAUGUCCAAUUCCUUAUCAGGAGAGGUAUGGUGGGUUGGGAUACUUGCGCAAUAAACCCUCCGGCCUCCCCCUUGCCAAUCCCCUGACGCUAAGAGAUAGUGUGCAAGAUGACUUGGGUCGCUUCCAGCAAUCAUCAUGGCAACCUAAUGGAGUUUUCCGGCACUAUGGACAGGAGGCUUCUGUGAUGGAUGCUGGCAGGACUGCCGUUGUUCCACGGGCAGAUGGUAGGAGGGGUGUACCAAUACACUCCAGAACCAAUUUAAUGGAGGCUGAGCUGUUAGAUGCUGACUCAGAUUUUUAAGUCUUGGAGUUGUUGGUGCUUAUUUUGUGGAUAAAAGCGAAAGGUGCUGGAUACUCAUGCCAAACAAUGAACCUGGAGCAGGAGUGGGUUUGAAUUGCUGAGUCGGCUCCGUUUUUCUAAAAGAUGCUUUUUUUAUGCAACCCUCAUGAUAUUAUGAAUUUGAACUGGAUUUAUGAAACAUUAUUAAAAAGUCAUAAAGACAUUUGUGCCUUCAGCAUGGAUUUUGUAACAUCCCGCUUGUGAUUCUGCACUGUUUUAUGGUGGCAAUUCAUAUUGUUCAGUUUGCCAAGUGGGCUAAUAUGUUUGGAAACAGGUUGGGGCUUCAUUCAAGAAUGCUUUAAAUUCAGAUCUUGGCUUCAAGGGGAAGUGUGUAAUUCCUGCAGCACUGGCGUCACCAAAUGGAAUCACAGAAAUAAUGACUCUUUGCAAACAGGUUAAUCUGUCAGUGGUUACUUAAACAGAUAGCCUCACUCAGAACACACGCCAUUGGUUGAGCCAGUGUUGCUCAUGUUCAAAAAAGGACAAUUUUCAGAUCUCUUGUCCUGUAGGUGACAAUGUAACUAAAUUUGGCAUACGGCCUCUCAUCUAAUGCUGGCUCGACACUGCUGACUUUGCUUUAGCGUAACAUUUGAGUGGAGGCAAAAAUAAAAAUUCUGUUCAGUCAUUGCUGUGUCACUCCAGUGAUCAUCUGAUCCGAUUUUGGUAAAAAGAACCAAACCGGUUUCCCCGUCUACUCCAUUGGUUGAGCCAAUGUUGCUGUGUCAGCGUGUUCAAACAGAUAUACAGUGUUUACACACUUUUUGGGGGAAGCAGUGUACAAAUGGCUUAUUUAAAGUUUUCCCCACAUAUUACACUGAGAUUGGAAUUGCAAGUAUUUUUAACACCAAGCAACACAUUGGUCUGGAAAAAAAAUAAAAAAUAAAAAAACAGUCUAUUGUAUUUGAUGAAAGCCUCACAGUUGGAAGAAAAGGAACUGACAAAAGUUCUAUUUCUUCAGAAAAAGAGAAUUUAUUCAUAGCUAUUAUUGUUACUUUUUGUUUUGGAAAGAUUGCCUGGUGCAAUUACAAACAAGUCCACCUCUCUCACUCAAAGAGUAAGAGAAAAUAAAGGGCAUUGUUUUUGUUCGUUUAAAAGUGUUUUUAAAAUUGUAGCUCAAAAUGCCAAUGGUUAUGUAAGAUUCUGUUUCCAUUGACAAUUAUUUCUGUACAGUGCUAUUACAAAAACAAAAACUAUUUUUGUAUUUUCGAUUGUUUUUUCUUCCACCAGUUUUAUUUUAUAUUAUUUCAAACUGUACAUACGUUAGAUCACACUUUUGUUUCCUGGAGUGAUUUUGCUUCAUACACAUACAGAUUUGUUUCUCUGUGUGCAUUUUGUUUGAGAUGUUAAGCUUAUUGGCGCUUUUUCUAUUUUAUCUUUUUUGUCUAGAUCGUUGUUAAUAUCAGUGGAAAUAUUAACAAAAAAACGCAGCUGUGCAGCAUUUUUUCUGACAAUUUGAAGUUGUCCUUCAAGAAUGUAUUUUAAGAAAAAGUGUUUAAUGAAGAUGCCUGUGCUCUGUGACUGCGAUGAUAUGUUUUUCCCCAUCACUGUUGCCGUUAUUCCCUCAGAAGAGCCAGUCCGUCCUCAUCAUUAAUCUUUUAUGUCAGUAUUUUCAUGCCUUUGUGUGUAUCUUUGCUGUUUUCUGCCAGAGUUUCAUUCUAUUGUAUAUAUUUUUAAUAUUGACACACCAUUAAUGAAUAAAAUAUACUGAAAUUGAGUAAAACAAAAGGAUUCAGAUUAUAAAAUGUUGAAUGCUUCAAGAUUAUUUUCAUUAUACACCUGAAAAAGGAAAUUGUGUUUAGUAUGAUUUAAUAAAUUUCAUGUCACUGUGAGUAUAUUUUUUUAUUUUGCAGAUAAAUGGUGCAUCUCUACUCCACAAUACAAAAGACUAUUUAGUAGUACAUAAAGAAAGAUCUUUCUCUCAUUGUUGUACCUGUACUCACAGAUACUUAUGAAGAGUAUAGGCUAAAGCUGAAUAAUAAUAACCUUCAAUCAGCUGAUAGCUGGCAGUGUUUUGCAAGAGUGGUCAUAUUUGUACAUAGUUUAUAUACAAAUAAACACAAAAAAUAUUUAA